AGCAUUCAAAGCACUGUCAGUGCCUCCCAGUCCUCUGACAGUGCCUAACUGAGGGUAUAAAAGUCCCUAGCUGAAGCUGAGAAAUCAGUCUCGUCUGAGUACUCGCCUAACCCAAGGGAGAGAGAGCUUCAACGAACCCAUCAUGGGGGACUCAAAGCUCUGCCUUUUGUUGCUCCUCAGUACAUCUGCCUUGGCUUUUGCCCAAGAUGAAGAUCAGCCAACCUGCCUGUUGGCCAAAAGGUACAAGACCCUGCACAAGUAUGAAUACCAAUAUGAAGCUGAAUCUUUGAAUGCCAUCAAUGGAGCCUCACAGCUCAAGAACGGACCCAAGGGCUCUUGCAAGGUUGAAAUUGAAGUGCCUCAGACCUGUAGUUUCAUUGUCCGCACCACUGGUUGUAGCCUGAGUGAGGUGGUCGACAUGGACGGAGACGGCAACCCCGUGUUCGGUCCUGCACCCAGCUCUGAUGCCUUUGCUGCUGAAAUGGAGAGAUAUCCUCUGAAGGUUGUAGUUGAGGGUGUGUACGAUGUGAAACUGUACCCCGAAGACGGUGAGACAACAACCAUCCUGAACAUCAAGAGGGGUAUCAUCUCUGCUCUGGCUGUGCCUCUGCUGGAGGAAGAGAAGAACAAGAACAUGCCCACCAUCCAUGGCAAGUGCAAGACAUAUUACAGUGUCAACGCUAGAGAGGACAUUGCCACUGACAUCAGCCUCGACAGGGAUCUGUCCAGAUGUGACAAAUUUGUCCCCAUGAGAGAUCACACCAGCCCCCUGGCACUUAUCACUGGCAUGCACUACCCUCUUGCCCAGCUGGUCAGAAGCUCACAGACCUGCAACUACAAGUUUGACAAUGAGAAGAAACACAUGAUCUCUGGAUCCUGCACUGAGAACCACAUCCUCAUUCCCUUCUCACACAAGGGAGAAUAUGGAGUUACCAAUGUUGGAAAGCAAGAACUGACUCUGAUUCAGGUUUCUCCUCACAAUGAAAGAGUCUUUGAUCGCAGUGACAUUGUCAAGGGUCUUCACAUGGAGGUUGUCGAGGACAGGAGUGUUGUCCAAGAUAAAGAUGCAGGUCUAAACCUCCUGAGAGAACUGGCAAAUCUGCCUGAGACUGAAGGCGAGAGGAGGGCCCACCUCUUCCACAAGCUUGUCACCAUGGUCCGUGGAAUGAAAACUGAGACCCUGAAUCCCGCCAUUCCUGAGGCUCUUGCCGUGUCCCGUGUCUUGACCUACCAGGUUCUGGUCCAAUGUGGAACCCCUGAGUGCAGCAGUGCCAUCAUGCAGAUCCUCAGGACUUUUGACAGCUCUUCACUCGAGGUUGAUGCUACAGUUUUUGCUCUGGGACUUGUGUCCAAUCCCUCUGCUCUCCUGAUCAAUGACAUGCUUGAGAUGGCCAAAUAUAAGCCCAGCAAGCCCAUCAUGUAUGCCCUGAGCAAUGUUGUCAAGAGAUUUUACAAAGCUGAAGAAAAACUGAUCCCUGAGAUUUACUCUGUUGCUGAGUUCAUGGCUGCCCAGCUGGGUGACUGUUCUGGUGACAAGGACAACACUUUCAUGACACUGAGGGUUAUUGGAAACAUGGCUCCAGCUCUGGUACUUGCUGGUCCUGCACUCAGAGGCGCUGUCAUCCAGUGUGUGAACCAACCUGCAGCUUCCCCGGCUGUCCAGCAGGCUGCCAUUCAAGUGUACAGGCUGACUACAGUCCCCGAGGAGAACAGAGAAGUUAUCAUGCAAGUGCUUUUGGACAGUGCAAGCCCAAUGCAAAAGCGCAUUGCUGCAUAUCUGGUACUUAUGAAGGACCCCCAGCCCACUGAACUGGCCCAGCUGGCUAAUGCUUUGCCCAAUGAGCAGGACCAACAAGUCAAGAGCUUUGUGAUUUCCCACAUUACCAACAUUUUGUCCUCAACUGUGCCAGAGACUCAAGAACUCAGACAGAAGAUUCUUGAUGCCCUGCAGGGUAAUGAGAUCGGGGCCACUAUGGACCCCACCAAGUUCUCUCGCAACUACAAGAUCGGAUCUCUGGAGGGCAACAUGAUCUUUGAGGGUACCAGUUACCUGCCCAAGGAGGCCAUGCUUGAAAUGACUUUGAAGGCAUUUGGCUAUGAGAUUGAUAUGAUGGAGGUUGGUAUGGAAGGCAAAGGAUUUGAGCCAACUGUUGAGGCCCUGUUUGGAAAGAAUGGAUUCUUCCCUGAUACUACCCUGAAGACAAUGUACUUUGUCUCUGACAACAUGCCUCUCAGAGUCAAUGAGAUCUUGCAGAACAUACUGCCUGCUCUAAAGAGGGACAGGAUGAAGAGACAGGCCUCCCAAAACCUGAUGAGGGACAUUGGACGCAACCUGAACAAGCUCGUGAAGGAACUAAAGACAGCAGAGUCUCCUGAGGCAAUGGUUUAUCUGAGACUUUUGGGAAAUGAGCUGGGAUAUCUGAGGACCAACGAAAUGGAAGAGAUGGCCUACUCUGCUGCCAUGAUGAUUGACAGCAUGUUAAAGAUGUUCCCUGCUGAUCUAAUGCAGUCACUGAUGACCAAGGCUGACAACACAAUCUUUGCCCACUACAUCUUCAUGGACAAUGAAUUCUUCCUGCCUACUGUCACUGGUGUGCCUCUGAGGAUUGCACUGUCUGGUACUUUCACCCCUGGAAUCAAGGGUGGACUUAAGAUUGCUGCUGACAUGAGCGAAGUUACCUUCAUGCCCUCUGCUGGCAUUGAGUUUGUAACUCAGGUUGGUUCCCACAUCCCUGAAUAUGUCAACUCUGGAUUAGAGAUGCACACCAACAUUUUCCAUGAAAGUGGAAUCAGUGCAAAGAUCUCCAUGGAACGUGAUAAUGUCAAGUUGACCAUCCCUGCUCCAAUGAGUCCUACAAAACUCAUCAAAAUGACAAAUACCCUGGUGGCAGUGACUGGAUCAGAAGUGAAGACCAUUCCCCCUAUGGUGAUGGACAAGGUUGAUGUCAGUGAGUGCACUCCUGUCUUUGCUGGAAUGAAAUACUGCACUGCUCUGCAGUACACUGAUGCUUUCUCACAGGAGACAUCUCCCUACUUCCCCUUCACUGGAGACAGCAAAUUUGCUGUGGAGCUCCACCCUACUGGUGAAGUCACUGAGUACACAGCCACUGUUGCCUACGAGCUCCUCAGAGAGGGAGAAGAGGGCCGGCAGAAGGUUGACUCUGUGAAGUUUAUUCUGAGAGCUGAAGGUGCAGAGCCCACUGAAGCGAGAGCAAUCAUGAAAUAUAACAGAAGGAAGAAUGUCAUCACAGCUGACGUCCAGAUCCCUGACUAUGAUGUGGAGGCUGGACUCAGGUUGGGUGUGGUUGAUGGAAACACCAAGGGCAAAGGAACUCACUCCAUCUCUCUUGACUUCAUAAACAAGAACAUUCCUCAGCUCUCCCUGGUUGGUCGUGCCAAUCUGAAGGCCAUGAAGGAAGGUAUGCUGCAAGUCCAACUUCUUGUCCCCUCAAUCAAUGCUGAUGCCACCGUCACAGCUAAUAUGAAACGUGAUGAAGAGUUGGAACUGGAGCUCAAGAGUGAAAUCAAGGUCAUGAGCGCUACCUCUGAGCAGAAAAUUGCAAUGAAAUAUGAUGCCAGCAAGAUCGAGGUUGAGUUCAAGUCUGAUGUAAACACUGACACCACCAGCUUGCCAAAUUCUGACAUGCUUCAGACAUAUGGAAACCAACUUCUUGACAUGCAGGUGGGGCAGACCGACAUGAAGGUCCGUCACAUCUUCAAGAAGUUUGUAGAGGCAGCAAACAACUACAUGGAAAAGUAUGGGGCUGAUAUGCCUUACAUUCAGAACUUCAGAGUACCGGAUAUGCCUGAAAUUUCCCUGCCAGAGACACUGUUCCUGAAUACAGAGGCAAAGGCUGUCUACUACUUGAACAAUGAGCGCUUCACCAUCGCUAUCCCUCUCCCUCUUGGAGGAAAGUCCACAGAUGAGCUUAACUUCCCACCAGCUUUGACCACACCUCGCAUGUCUCUACCCCAGUUUGGACUGGAGAUUGUCUCCAUGGAGAUUCCCAUCCCAGAGCUUGUUGUACCUGAGAGCCUUACUCUGUCUAUUCCUCUUUUUGGAAAAGCUGAAGUUUCAACUCUGAUGAGGAGUAACCUAUACGACAUGGAGGCCUCAAUGGCUGCCGGCAAAGAUGUUGUGGAGACGCCAAGCUACUCAGCUAAGUUUGAUGUGAAAGGAACCUCCCCACUUGACAUCCUCUCAAUAAAGAUUGAAGGCUCUGGAAUGUUGGCCACCACUGAUUCCAUCAAGGCCCAGUUGAAAAGCUCUUUGGCACACAAAUUCAUUGAAGUCAGUAUUACUAUUGUUGAGGAUGCAACAAUCUCAGACAAAAUCAAUUUGAGAUCAAGCAGCAAGAUUGAAGCCACAAGCCCAUUUGGUCUCAAUAUUGCUCUAGAGCACACUGGUAUGUCUGGAAUCAACACUGAAGAAAUCUCUGCUGAUAGCAACUUCGAGGGAAUGUUCAAGGCUGGACCCAUGUAUGGCAAGACCAUUUCGACCCAAUCAUUCAGCAUCUUUCCAUUCAGGCCAGAAGCAAAGAUUGAUUCUUCUGUUCAGAUUGACUCCACCAUUAUUCAGGCCCAGAACACAAUUGCAGCAACCCUUGCCAAUGGGGAAUUCUCUGUUGUGUCUAACACCAAUGCCUUUGAAGACAUCUUGACCCAUGUUGCUGAGCUUUCCUUCAAAGACAGCAAGCUGUCACUGAAAUGUGAUGCAAAUGCCCUUGCUCUUGGUAUGAAGAUCCGCAACCAGGCUGAAGCCUCUGUUGGUGCUGGUGAAGUUGUCAUGAGAAUGGAGACAAAUGCAGAUCACUCUGAAAACCGUGUUUACUCUCUGCUGACUGCCUCUCUUGAUGUUAAUGGUCUGGCUGUAAACAGUGAUGCCACUGUGAAGCUCCUUGAGAAUGAGGCUAUACACAAAGCUACACUGAAAAUGAACAAGGAUGGUAUGACCACAAGUGGAACAAACACCCUCCAGAGCCCCCUUGCCUUGGAAAACACCUUCGAUGCUGGGCUUGAUGCUUCAAGAGCUACUCUAUCCAUCACUAACAAGGCUGCGAUGCGUGACAUCAAGGUUGAUAAUGCCAACACUUUGACCAUUACUCUCUCUAGCUUUGACUUCAACUCAAAGACUGAAGCCACCGCAAGUGAGUAUGCCUCAUACACUCAUGAUAUCACCAUCGACCUGAAGCCCUACACUGCCUCUGCAAAUGUUAACAACAACUUGAAAGUUCUGUCGGCCAACUUCAUUAAUGAGGCUCAGCUGCAGGCAGAGCUGUACAAGAUGGACCUGACUGGAAGCCUGAAAACCAUCUAUGGUGAGGAAGAGAUCAAGCACACAUAUCAGGUAAAUUAUGCUGAUAUGACUGCUAAUGCAAAGUGCAGCACCACUGGAAAAGUCUUUGGCACUCACAUGAGCCACAACACAGAGCUUGAAGUUGUCGGUCUUGCUGCCAGACUCACCAAUGAUGCCCGCUUCAACUCUCAGCCAAUGCGCUUUGACCACACCAUCCGUUGCAGUAUUGUGCCUUUUGAUUUCAACCUUGAUGCCAUUUUCAAUGCCGAUGGAGACCUGACCAUGUAUGGAAAGCACAGUGCCCAGCUCUAUGGCAAAUUCCUCCUUAAAGCACAACCCCUGGCUUUUGCUAGCUCACAUGAAUGCAGAGCAUCAGUAACCCAGCAGCUAGAUAACGGGUUUUCCCUUGAGACCACAUUUGACAACAAGAUGGAUAAUGUUCUGUCACUCCAAGAGCAGAAGACAAGUUUUAGAAUGAAGUCUAAAGUGAAUGAGCAUGCCUUUAAUCAGGACAUGAAUGUUUACAACACUGCUGAGAGAACUGGAAUUGAGGUUUCUGGCACCAUCCUCACAAACAUCCUCAACACAGACUCCACAGACAACCAAGAAUUUGCCAUCUCUGGAUUCGUCAAGUAUGACAAGAACACAGAUAGUCGUAUAAUUCAGUUCCCACUAAUUGAAAAUCUACCUGCCUUCUUGGAAAGCGUCAAGGGCUUUGUUGUGCGUAUUGCAGAGGCAAUGCAAGACUACCUCAACAAUGAAGAGAUCAGAGCUAAACUUGAGGCUCUUCCCCAGUAUGUAAGUGACUUUAUUUCUCAACUGAAUAUGGAAGACAAACUAAUUCAGCUGAAGCAGUAUUUCAGUGAUUUUACCCAAGAAUAUGUCAUCUCCAUGGAGGAUGUGGAAGCCUCUUUGAGAAACCUGAAGGUUACUGUUGAGAAACUGAUGGCUGAUCUUACUGUUUACAUCCAGCACUUUGCUGGUAUGAUGAAGGAGAUUAUUGUUAGUGGCACUCUGCCUGAAACCCUCAUUCAGAAUAUCCAGCAACUGCUGAAUGCCAUUAAUGAGGAGUAUGACAUCCAGGCUGUGGUUGUGUAUAUGAUUGAUACCAUGAGGGAGAUGAUCCAGCAGAUUGACCUGGAAAAACUGAAGGGCAGCAGCAUUGCAUUCCUAUAUGAUAUUGAUGCCAAGUAUGAAAUCAUGGCUAAACUACAAACAGUUAUGAGUGAUGUGAAACAAACAAUUGAGACCUUUGACAUGCAGACAUUUGUUGCUGAACUGAAGAGCUUUAUCACAUCCGUCAACUUUAAGGCUUACAUUGAUGUAGUAGUGAAUCAGAUUCCCACAGAGAUUUUCAGCGAUAUAACAGAGUAUGUUAGGAAAAUGAUUCAGGACCUUGACAUCGUAGGAAAGAUCAACGCAUUCUAUGCCAAAAUGAGAGAGUUGAUUGUGAAGUUUGAGGCUGACAAAAAGGUUCAAGCCAUCUUGGAAAAGGUUAUGGAGCUUAUCAAGCAGUUCAAAAUUGAGGAGACCAUCAGUACUGUUGCCAAUAGGUUGAAGGCCCUAGACAUUCUUCCCGAAUUCAUGAAACUCUUCCAGUAUUACAUCAACUACUUGAAAACAACAGAGGUAAAGGACAUGAUUCAAGAGCUGAAUGUCUUUAUUCAAACUAUUGUGAAUGGGCUUAAGUCGUUGGACUACAAUGAGUUCGUGGAUUAUGCCAACAGAUUUAUUGCUCAGUACACAGCUUACAUGAAUGAGCUGAUCAAGUCUCUCGAAAUCCCCCAGAAACUUGAUGCAGCAAGAGAUUUGGUCAACCUUGUCUUAUCCUCUGGUAGAGGCUUUGUGGAACGCCUGAGAGAAAUCAAAGUUGCAGAGAUUAUUAAAUCUGUAAAGGAAAUCAUCGACCAGCUUGUGUUUGAUAACCUUAAGGGAUUUGCUGAAUAUGUAAAGCAGGGAAUAACAAAUAUUGAUGUCACAGCUGAGAUUACAUCUUAUCUUGACUUAGUGAGCAAAUUCUACACAAGAGUCAUGACCAUCACCACUGACAUGUUCAACAAUAUGGUUGAGAUGAUUAAAAACGUCUUACCUGAGCAAAAGAUAAUCAGCGAGAUUCAGCAAAUCAUUAAUGGACUAAUUACUGAACUUAAGAAAGCUGAGUUGAACCUGCCAUCUUUCAUUAUUCCUUUCACUGAUUUCGUUGUGCCCUCAAUGAAAUUCAGCAUGGAUACGCUUGGACAGUUUGAAAUCCCAACACAGCUGGAUAUCCCUGAGUUCACCAUCUUGGGCUUCUACACCGUGAAAGCCACCACAAUUUCCUAUGAUGACAUCAAGCAGAGAAUUAUUGAACUUAUUGAUUUCAUUGUAAACUUUGAGAUCAAGAUGGUUGAUGUGGAUGCUUUCUUUGGAGACCUGGCAAUGAAUUACCUUCCUACCAUGCCUGAGAUAAUCUUCCCAGAAAUUACUCUUCCUGAUAUCUCAUUCCCUACCAUUCCACAAGUUCCUACAGAAAAGCUUGUGAAGUCUCUUCAGCUUCCUGAGAUCCAGCUGCCAACCAUUCCAAGUGAGAUCAUGGUCCCAUGCUUUGGUAAACUCUAUGGUGAGAUGAGAUUCCAGACUCCCAUCUACACUGUCAAGACAACUGCUGAGUUCCAGAACUCCACUGAGAGCGAAAUGACACCUACAUUCACUGGAUCCCUUACUUCCCAGGCCACAUCUCCAAGUUUUGAAAUUCUUAAUUACAAACUUGACUCCACUGCUCGUCUUGCAAUUCCAAAAAUGAGUCGUGUUGUCUUUGCAGAGACUCUUAAGUUGAACCAUCAAGUUCUUGGAUUUGAACAUCAGGCAUCUGUAACGCUCUAUGGCCUAUCAGCUCAGGCCCAAGCCAAAACUACAAUUAAGGUUACCACUUCACCUUACACUGCUGACCUUAUGAACACAGCCUUUAUUGCUAUGGAAGAAGGAAUGUCUGCCUCUCUCGACACAACUUACACUCAUUUAGUGAACCUCCCAAUUAUCGAGGUCAGAAGCGAGGCCACUGUAUCCCAGAAAGCAAUUGCUCGUCAAGAUGGCUACACCUUCACUCUGACAGUUGACAAUUCAGGCAAUGGCAAAUUGAAUGCAGAAGAUGGCAACCACAAGAGCAACAUGGAAUUGUCACUCACUCCUAGCAUUGCCACUCUAACUUUUUCAGGUGACACAGACUCUUCUAUCUUAAAACUGAAACAGCAAAUUACUGCUGAAUCUGGCACCUUUACCUACUUCAAGUUCAACAUCCGCAAUGAGGCUGAGGCACCAGUUAUUAAGAACAGUCUUUUUGUGGCAUCUGGACAUGCCAGUCUUUAUGAUAUGAAGGUUGAGCUGAAAGCAAACCAUGACACAGAACUGUCUGGUGAAGUCAGUGGAGUCCUGUCCAAUGGAAUCAACAUUGUGGCCUAUCCUGUUGAGUUUGUCUUUGAAUUCCAAAACAAGGGAAAUACCAAGGUCAAUAUUUUUAACACUCUGACUGCUAAGGUAGAUCUGCAGAACGAUUACUCAGUCAUCUUUAAACCUGACAGCCAACAGAUUAACACCGUGGCUCUGGCUCGUCUUAAUCAGUACAAAAUUUUCUACAAUUUCACGGUUGACAAUAAUGGAAAUGAGGCUGGCAUCUUUGUUGCCAUGGAAAGUGAAGCCAACCUUGACUUCUUGACAUCUCCAAUCAGCAUUCCUGAAAUUGACCUUCCUUUUGUUGACUUCCGUACUCCAGCUAUCAGUGAUCUAAACUUGUACGAGCAGACUGGAUUGAAGAACAUUUUGACUACCACUGAGCAGAGUGUUGAUGUGGAUGCUAAGAUUGUUUACAAGAAAAGCCAGGCGGCCCCCCUUGUUGAUAUGAUGGGUCUGAUCCAGAUUCCCUCCGUAGGUAACCUGAUCACAGAGCUGUCCUUCAAGUCUGCCAUCAUUAAUCUAAAUGUUAAUGCUGGACUGUAUGCUGAGGAUGAUCUUGUGUUCCGUCUGGGAGCUAUCACAGCCUCUGUGUUUGAAGGUCUAAAAGCCAAACUUGAUGGUACCACCAGUCUGACCACCAAGAGAGGAAUCAAGUUGGCCAAUUCUCUGUCUCUUGAAAAUCGUCACAUCGAAGGCACUCAUGACAGCACCAUCAGUAUGAGUACUGAGACUUUUGACACUGCCGUCUCUGUGGCCACUGUUGCAAAAAUUGCCCUGCCUAUACUGAAUCUGGAAGCCAACCAAAAUCUGGUUGCAGACACAAAAACCAAACCAAAUGCUGCCUCCACCUUGAGGAUGAAGGGUGAUUUCAACAUCCCUGUGAUCAAGGCUGUUGGAAAGGCUGAGGUAGACCACACUCUGAAGUUGGAAGGAACCUUUGAGGAAGUUUCCGUGGAGGCAGCCACUAGGGCAAACAUGGAUGGCACAGUGCUUGAAGACUAUUUAGUUUUGGGAGUUCUGGAUAAUGAAGUUAAUCUGUACCUGAAUAAUGAUGGCCUACGCUCCACCUUCAAGGUUAUUGCCAAUGCCAAGCUUAACUCUGGCACCACAAAAGUAAUUGACAUGGAUGUAAAUGAGAAUCUCUCUGUUGAAGCUUCCCUUGGUCGUGUGUAUGCAGUGCUAAAGUAUACUGGCAACAAUGAGGCAAACUUGUUCAACUUCAACACCAAUGGGAAGCAUAUUGCGCAGGCUACGAUUGAUCUUGCUCCAACCUCUUCCUUGACUGCUGAUAUUGAGAUUGAUAUUUCUCAGCCAAGCAGCCUGGGUGAGUUCACCAUCUUUGAGAAAACUGUUGCUGAAGUGACAGCUGAUAAGCAGAAGAUGUCAACCAAUGUCAAGUUUGUCAGCCCACUGUACACCACAAACAUGGCAGUUGAAGCCGAGGGCAAUGCUCCUGUCUUCAAAGUCACCUUUAAGUCUUCUGCCACCUCUACCUUCGUCUUCCUGGAGUAUGACCUGGAUGCUUUGACGAACACAAACUUUGAAAAUGAAGCUCUGAACAUGAUUAGCAAGGCUGUCCUGACACACGCUGACCUUACCAUGGAUGUCAACCAUGUCAUUACCCAAGCCCUGAGGAGAAAGCGUCAGGCUGAUGACAGUACCUCUCGCCAUACUCUGAACGUGGACAUCACCAGUCCUACUUUCACCGAUGUCAACCUUCGUUAUACUGCUGGCAGAGAUGGCAUCAGUGCCUCAGUAUCUACCCCCUCAACUGGCUUCCUCGGCCUUCAGUUAAAUGGAAGAGUCCCAUCUCAGAUGAGUGCAAGAGUCUUUGGUCGUUAUCCUUCUGCCCCAGAGGUUGAACUUGACAUGUUGGUCAUCAGGGCAUCUUCUAAGGAUGCUGAUAAGAUGAACCUGCAGAUUGCCUACAACAUGGAGAUACCCAAAGAAAUUCUCUCCGAACUCAAGUUGAAACUCCCCUCCGUCAUCAAUACAUUGAAUAUGUUUGCUAACAAGUACCAGAUCACAAGCAACAUUGAGGCGUUGAAGGACUCAAUUGUUAACCGCAUCAGUGAGGCCUAUAAUGCUGCAAUCAACUACGAUGUUCAAAUGAGCCAGCUGUCAGUCUUCUUCAGGAACAUCAUUGUCCAAUACCAGAAGACUGUCCAGGUCUUCUUGGAUGCUGCCAUCAAGGUCUUGAGGGAGACCCAGUUCAAACUGCCUGGGUCUGAAGAGAUGACAACCCUCCCUGAGGUCCUAAAGAGGCUGACCAGCAGCAUUGCUGCUACGCUAGAAAUGAUCAUCCAGAGUAUCUAUCAGAACACUGAGGUCUACUAUAACUACUUUGUUGAGAUGAUCAGCAGUGUGAAAUUGCGCAUGCCAGUUGGUGAUGCAAUCACAGGAAACCAGAUCUUGGAUCAGGUCAAAACAGCUUCCAAGCAGGUCUUUGAUGAACUGGUAGAUUUUGUGAAAAAUAUGGAGAGUCUUGACACAAUGCUAGUGAAGACGGGUGAGACCCUGAAGGCUGUUGUUGAGAAAUCUCAGGAGUUUGUUGACUCUGUCAAGUCUGACUAUUUGGAUGCAGUGUUUGUCAACAUCAAUGUCGUCUAUCGUAACAUUAUCACAGUUGUAAAGAAUGUUGUUGACGAGAUCUCUGCUUUAAGUUCGGAGCGCCUCUUCAAUGCAUUUGAAUACAUUAUAGACAUGUUUGUCUAUGUAGUGGACCAAUACAAUAACACUGUUAAUGGUAUCCUGCAGCAGGCUUCAGCAGAGGCUCAAGCCUACAUGAAAGUUAGUGACGGAAGGCUUGAGAUUGAACUUCCAUUCCCCUUCCAACAGUAACAAAUCCUCACAAGUCCAUAUGAAACACUACCUAGUUCUUUAACCAUAUUUAUAACAGUGACUUUAACAAAAACACCUGUUGUAUCAUUUUAAUUUAGAUGGUUUACUGUGUACAAACCUUGAAAAUGUAAAGUUUUACUAAAACUCUUCUUCCUGCAAAGACUGAAAAGCAUCAAUAAAAUACAUUAAUGCAA